GGACAGCGUGUGCGCGCAGGGUCAGCGCUGUUUAUGUUCUUCUGAUCUCCGACGCGCGCUCAGCGUGCACGCGCUCCACUCAGGAUGAUUUUGUUACAUUGUAGCGCGGCGUAACUGUGCGUCAUAAAGGGGAAGAGCGUUUGAUCCAGGCGUAUAGAACGUUUUCAAACUUUUCAUCGGAUACCUUGUAAUUCUUAGACUACUCGAGAACGUUUGGAGCGCGGGAGAGCGAACCUGAUUUACGCAGCGGACGCGGGGGGGUUCGGUGUCAGACGGUGAUUCCGGACUCGGUCCUGACCAUCCAGAUCCCCGUGGAUGACCUCCAGAACCAUGUAUCCGCACGGAAGACCCCAGGCUCCGCUGGUGUCAGGCCACGCCGGCAUGAAAUUCACAGUCCUGGAAACUCUCGACCAUAUAAAAGAGGAAUUCCAGCUGUUUCAGGCCCAGUAUCACAGUCUGAAGCUGGAAUGUGAGAAGUUAGCGAGUGAGAAAACAGAGAUGCACAGACAUUAUAUCAUGUAUUAUGAGAUGUCUUACGGGCUGAACAUUGAAAUGCAGAAGCAGGCAGAGAUUGUAAAGCGGCUCAGUGCUAUAUGCACUCAGAUCAUUCCACUGCUGUCCCAAGAGCAUCAGCAUCAGGUGGCUCAAGCAGUGGAAAGAUCCAAACACGUUAGCAUGGCCGAGCUCAACGCUAUCAUCGGGCAGCAGCAGUUUCAGCAUCUAUCCCAUCAUGCCCAGGGCUUCCCUCUGACGCCACACCCCUCAGGACUGACCCUGGGGGCGGGUGUAAGCCUCAUGGCUCUUCCCGGGGGCUUCCCGUUCCCCCCGCACCUGGUGCCUAAAGAUGACAUCGCUCUCCUCGAGCCCCUGGACUCCAGAGAUGGAGCUCUAAACAGGAGCGCCAGCGGCUCUCCGGUGGGCCUUCGUCUGGGUCUUCCUCCUCCUUCCUCUUCCUCUUCCUCUCACGCUGAUAUGGACACUAAACGGGGCAGCGCAGAACAGACCAGCAUGGGACGAACACGGAGGGAAAGUGGCAGUAAAAGUGAAGACGCUCUCAGAAGAGACGCCACUAAAGAGAAAAGUGCAUCACCCGCAGGAGUCUCUCCCAGAUCGCCGGAAGGGAACGGACUGAACAGCUCUCCAGCGCUCAGAAAGAAUCCGUCCAGAGAAGACUGUUCCUCUCCUCAAUCUCAGCCGCGCUCGCCCGGACUCUGCAAGAGCCCCACUCAGGAGAAAGUGAGAUCUCCUUCUUCUUGUCCUUCGGCGUCUCCUGGCUCUCCAGCACCUCCCCGUCCUCUCUCGUCUCCCGCUCUCAAACACUAGUGACGAAUGCUUGUGCACCUUGACGUCUGGUUUUCCUCACAGGACCCACUCCUGGCCAUGGAGUGAGGCUAGUGAAAGACAGCCGCUACCCCUCCCCAGCCCGCCCUUCCCAGAAUGCACGGGGCCAGUCCCAGAAUGCACCGGGUCGGGCCCCAGAGUGCUCGGGCAUGGGCAUCAGGUGCCUUGUCAGAAGCCCUUCAUCUGUCCUUGUGACCCUCCGAGCUGAACUCUGAGCGAACCGCAUCUGUGUUCUCACACGCCGGGAGUAAUCAGCCAAUCAGCUGUCUGACAGCUCUGUCAGCCAAUUAGAAAGAAAGCUGAAGAUUCUGUGUGACAGGCUUCUCCGUAUCAUCUCCCUCACAGAAAUGGACUGAGAUGCUUUUACUGCCAGUUUUGUGUCAAAAUGAGUUCAAGACUAAGACUUCCAGACAAAUGGAUGUUAAGGAGUUCCUGUUACAGCACCAUUUCACGUAUCUCCCCCAAGAGCUUUCAACGGUGUCAGUAAAGAGCUCCAAACACCCUGAAGUUUCCCCAGCACACUUCAUUUAGUUCCAUUCGAAGAGAAAUUAUGCAGUUUUUUGCGUGUAAUAAACAGGCUUCUGUUAUUCAAAUAUGAAUACUCACUUUAAAGCAUGAGAACCUGUACUGUGUUGUGAAUAAAAUCAUAGUCAAAGGAUGCUGUUAGUGUUUUCAUAUUCACAAUACAGCACAAUCCGGAGUUCUUGAUUACAUUUUAAAAUGAUUAGUGCAUAAUAAAGACAAAUUGAGUA